AUGGCUGGUAGUAGUGGUGGUGGUAGUAGUGGUGAUGGUAGUGGUGAUGGUAGUGGUGGUGGUAGUAGUGGUGAUGGUAGUAGUGGUAGUGGUGGUGGUAGUAGUAGUGGUGGUGGUAGUAGUGGUGAUGGUAGUGGUGGUAGUAGUGGUGGUGGUGGUAGUGGUAGUGGUGAUGGUAGUGGUAGUGGUGAUGGUAGUGGUGGUGGUAGUGGUGGUAGUAGUAGCAGCAGCAGCAGCAGCAGUAGCAGUAGCAGUAGCAGUAGUAGUAGUAAUACUAUUCCACCACGAGCAAACAAUGAUUUUGGUGUAGCAUAA